GGAAGUUGUGUCAAGGCCAACACUUUGAAUGCAGCGACUUUGACUGCUGCGUUAUCAAUACGCUAGAAAACUGCAGAUGAACUGUACACACACGCUCCCUUUAGUGGACUGAGAGUGUCGGACCCACUUGAAGGCUAAGAAGUCUAAGUAGAGGAAAUAAAUUAAGGAACUUCUAGCUCCUUUUCGUAUUUGCCCCAACUCACAAACCAUUAGGCUUUUCUCACCUUUUGCUGGCUCCAAUGGCGAAUAUGCCACUGCUAUUGUCUCUUUGCCUUAUCUAUACUAUCUCCUUCUUUCCAUUCCUUGCAUUUGCCAUAUCCUCUUGCAAUGGUCCUUGCCGAACAUUUAACGACUGCGACGGUGAGCUCAUAUGCAUCAAUGGUAAGUGUAACGACGACCCUGAACUUGGGACUCACGUAUGUGAAGGGGUUCCUUCCCCUCCACCUCCCUCCGGCUACUGUCAUUCCUCUGGGUCCCUUCGGUGCAAGGGCCAAUAUUAUCCUACCUACACCUGCUCCCCUCAGAUCACAUCCUCCACAAGUGCCAUUCUUACUAACAAUGAUUUUAGUGAGGGUGGGGAUGGCGGAGGGCCAUCGGAAUGUGAUGGAAAAUACCAUAACAAUUCUGACCCCAUCGUGGCAUUGUCGACUGGGUGGUACAAUGGUGGAUUCCGGUGUGGGAAGAUGAUCAAGAUAACGGCUGACAACGGGAGGAGUGUGCUGGCCAAGGUGGUGGAUGAGUGUGACUCACUGCGGGGCUGUGACGAAGAGCAUUCAGAUCAGCCACCAUGUAAGAACAACAUCGUUAACGGAUCUGAUGCUGUGUGGAGUGCUCUGGGGCUGGAUACGAACUUAGGUGAAGUGGAUGUUACUUGGAGCGAAGUAACUGAUGUUCCAUGUGAUUCAAACAAUUAUAUAGUUCAUAUUAUGUAAUUAUUAAAUUACUUAGUUCUACAAAUUAUAUAUCAUGAAACCUUAUUCUACAAA